AGCUCUCCGUAGGAACAGGAACUUGAACUGGACUUUUUGGUGGGGGCAGUCAUUUUGCCAUUUCUCACCGCCUGUCAUUUGCUACCCCUAGAUCCACCCAAAUCCUCCCUGGAGUCUCGGACAGGGAUUCGGGGGAUUUCAUGUGGAAUGGCACCCUGAAUCGCACGCCGAGCUCUCCGUCAGCAGAUUCGUUCACCUUUCGAUCGUGAAACGACGCCUUUUUCUUGACGUUCUUUACUCUUUGUUUUGUUUUCCCUUUGUUCUGGUAUCUUGCGAUUAGCAUCUUUGGGGAAAUUGACAUGUUCCAGCGCGCUUAGAAGAAGUUCGCAACUCGAUUCGAGCAAGCUCCUCGAAAGUGAAAUCUUUCGCGUGGCACGAUGGCGUCCCGCUACAAGGACAAGGACGCCGGCGUCGUGCUGUCCUUCGGCGGCCAGUGGGUGAGCUGGUCGCACACCGCCGUUGCCUACCUUGCUUUCCUCAGCGCCCUCAUCGUUGGUUCCGCGCUGCACUACCACAAGAUCGUCCAGAACGAAUGGUACGGCUACCCGCAAGAAUGGUUCCCGUCCGUCUCCGCCACCAUUGGCGACCGUUACCCCGAGCGCUCCAUCUUCAUGAUCUUCAUUGCCAUCACUUCCGGUCCGAGAUUUGCCCUCGUCGGGCUGUGGUACCUGCUCACCGCGAAGCCCGGCCGCACCCUUCCUAAAGCGAUCGCGAUUUCCGGUGUCAUCCGCACGCUUACAUGCGGCGGAUGGACCUACAUCACCUCUACCGAUGACCACGACUGGCACGAUAUACUGAUGAUCUCGUACAUCGUCUUUACGAUCCCCUGGACGACCGGGUGCAUCGCCCUGAGCCCCCCGAAUGCCAAGGCUAUUAAGUACAGGAAAUACCUGGCCGGCGGCUUCUUCGGCACGCUCGUGCCCUUGGUCUACUUCUUUAUCCAACACAAGGUUCACCGUGUGCCAGGAGCCUACACAAUCUACGCUUUCUUCGAGUGGUCUUUGAUUCUCCUCGACGUUGGCUUUGACGCGGUAACGGCUCUAGACUUUGACACAUUCGAGGUGGUCAUAAGGGAUGUCAAGGGCGCAAGCAAGGGUGCCAACACGUCGUCUGUGCCCACUGCUGUUCUCGAGAAGGAAAAGGAGAAAGCCACGGGCGGUGUCUUCUCUGCUGGAUUCCGGCUGGGCGAGGCCCUUGACAUCGCUGCGGAUGUGUACCACGGCUACGUAUUCUGGUCCAUCUUAACCAGCUUAGGCCUUGUCGUCUGGUACUUCCCACUCUGGCACAUGGGCAUCUCUGGCUACGAGGCCCUUGUCAUGUCAACAGUUGCCCCUGCGCUUCUCGGUGUCAAACCUUUGCGCUCCCUGAUUAUCAAGAACCAGCGCCUCACGCACCUACUUUCGCUCGCUGGUCUCCUGGCGUACCUGGUUAAGGAUCCCGUCUACCGCCUCUUCACCGUUGGGCUCGGUGUCUUCAUGAGUUGUCUAGGAUGGGCUGCGACCCUGUACUCGGACUCGGCCCAGCCCGCCAAGCUGGAGGCUCGUGUCCUCGCCUGGACCAUCGGUUUGCUCAUGUCAUCCGUUGCCAAGUUCGCAUGGCACACGAACAAUCCAAUCUGGCCCAUCAUGCAUGCCGCGAACGGUGGCUGGAACGGCACCGGCCUGGUUCUUGGUGUCCUCGCUGCCUUGAGAUUCACACGCCGGGCGCCCCUAGAGAGCGGGAGCUACGUUGAAAACAAUAGCGGUUCAGCAUUGCUUUCUGCACUCGGCAUCGGCGGCCUGUUCUUCGGCCUGCACUCGUUGCUUUCCGACACCAGUACCAUGAUCCUCUGGGUCUGGGAUGGCUACCCGAUCCGGGGCCCUGUGUCCAAUGUUCACGCUUGGUACACCAUCGCCGCCAUGACCGCUGGCCUACUCAUUGGCUCUUUCAGGCCGGCUUUGGUCACCACGUGGACUGCGUACGGUGUGGGCUGCUUGGGCGCCGCCCUGCUCACCCUCUUCCCCCGGUGGGUUGGCUACUAUGGUGCGCUGACCAUCACGGUCUACUUGAUGGCCAUAUCCGUGCCCCUCAUUGCAAGGGCUUCGAAGAAGAGUCCUGCCAUUUCCUUCGGUCUCGGCUUUUUCAUCUACAACUUUCUGGUUCUCUUCCACGUCUGGGUGGUCGCAUAUGCGUUCGUACCCGGCGGCCCUCUCGUCCGCGAACACACGGACUGGAUCAUGAUCACCAUGAUGCUCCUGAUUGGCGCCGGCAUCUUCGAUCUAAUUUCGCAGCAAGCCAAGUCCGGCCGCAGUACCGACCGUCGCCGUGCUACAAACACGGGACACAGGAAGUACCAUGUCGGAGCGCUGGGCAUUCUCAACAUCCUCUUCCUCUGCGCCAACUUCCUACGAUUUCCGACCAACGACUACAAGCCCUACCACGCGAAUGACCGGCUUCUCACCGCCGGCAUCUGGACCAUCCACUUCUCCCUCGACAACGACAUGUGGUCGUCCGAGUACCGCAUGCGCGAUCUGAUCAAGGAGCUCGAGCUCGACGUGGUCGGCCUUCUUGAGUCGGACCUGCAGCGCAUCAUCAUGGGCAACCGCGACACCACCCAGUUCCUCGCCGAAGACCUCGGCAUGUACGUCGACUACGGCCCGGGCCCCAACAAGCACACCUGGGGCGCCGCGCUGCUGUCCAAGUUCCCCAUCCUCAACUCCACCCACCACCUGCUGCCCAGCCCCGUCGGCGAGCUGGCGCCCGCCAUCCACGCGACACUCGACGUGUACGGCAGCUUAGUAGACGUGUUCGUCUUCCACUCGGGCCAGGAAGAGGAUCCGGAGGACCGCCGGCUGCAGUCCGAGUACCUGGCCAAGCUGAUGGGUAGCUCUCCCCGCCCCAGCAUCCUGCUGUCGUACCUGGUCACCAAGCCGCUCGAGGGCAACUACAACACGUACGUGUCGGAGCGCAGCGGCAUGCACGACGUGGACGAGACCGACUGGGACCGCUGGUGCGAGUACAUCCUGUUCAAGGGCCUGCGCCGCACGGGCUAUGCGCGCGUCAGCCGCAGCACCAUCACCGACACCGAGCUACAGGUCGCCAAGUUCGUGGUCCCCGCGACCGACGAGGACAGCGUGUCGGCGUGGACGGCGCCCAAGGUCCUAAGGGAUAAGCGCGUGCCGGAGCAUGAGGUGCCCGAGGGCUGGCGCUUCCCAGCUCUGUUUAGGGGUGAGGGUGUCAGGGGGCAUCGUUAUCAUGUUUUUGAUGAACCGCGGUACUUUAACUUCUAGAGAGAGCACGGGGUGU